AUGUGGCUUCUUCUAGUCCUCGAAAGUCUGGCGGCAGUUAUUUUCCAAAUAGUUGACCGUGUGAACUAUUACUACUCGUUGCCAUUGAACGUAAACGUGCAGAUAAAUUACAAUAAAUCCAUGGACUUUCCGGCAGUGAAAAUUUGCAACCAGAAUGCCUUCAGGGCAACAGAGGCAGCAAGGACAGGACGAUAUCAAUUGGUUGAAGAGAUGUUCACAAAACCUGUGUUGACAGAUCACGGCCAGUGCUACACAUUCACACGUGAUCAAACAGAUAUGAUAAUGACGUCAUCAGGCGUAGACGCGGGACUAAGAUUGGCUCUAAAUAUAGAGCGGUACGAAUACAUGGUGGGACCACACAACUCUGCAGGACUAAAGAUUCUUCUUCACCACCCUAUGGAAAUGCCGUUCGUACACGAACUAGGUCAAGCCGUUCCUACCGGGACGCACGCUUACUUUGGAGUCACUUUUAUGGCGAUUGACAAUCUGCCUGCUCCCCAUGGCGACUGCGCAAUGAAAGAACUGCGUCAAACGACUUACUACACGACGGAAGAGUGUUACCUGGACUGCCUUACCAAAUAUGGACAAAACACCUGUGGAUGCAGGGAUACCUACUGGCCUUAUUUUAAUGAAAUCUUCACAUCCAUGGAAGAUGCAUACUAGACGAAAGAGAGAUUAUACAGAUACCAAGAGUCUAAUAUCGAACAGAACUUCCUGCGUGCAAGAGACGCUAUGGAAGAAUCAUUUAUCGAAGGUGUUGCAGAUAAUGAAUUUGCUAUGAUCAACGUUAAGCGUAUCCUUCGACUUGCUAACACGAGGAAAUGA